AUGAGAACAGUUUCGGAUCGCUUUAAGUUCAAUUCAACAAUUAAAAACAAAAUACAACGUACUUUAUCACUUGAUGUUAAAAAUUCAACAUAUUGUUUGUUAAAAUCAUUGACGGUAUAUGGGCGAAUAUUAAGUGAUCUAUUCGGAGUGAAGCAUCAGAUCAAUAUCACUAAACAACAACGUGAUAAAUUAACAUUGUACAAAUUAAAUAGUGAUUCUUGGAACAUGAUUAACCGAUUAAUCACUGUCUUGACACCAUUUAAAGUCGCAACAAAACUCAUAAGCGGCUCACAUAAUCCGACCAUUGGUCUGACAUUAUUUGUGUUACAAAAUAUUCGAGGGUUCCUCGAAAAUAACGACGAUGAUGACAAGUUGUUAACACAUUUGAAAAUAUGUUUAUUGACGAAAUUAGAACAAUAUACAACAAACGACUGUGAACAAUCCGAAGCCGUAAAAUUUCUUUAUUCAACAUCAUCCUCAAAACCUCCUCCAUUAUCACUGUUAUUUUCACGAUUAGCACCACUACCAUCAUCACCAUCAUUACCCACUAUCGUCAAAAAUGAAGUUUUACAUCUAUAUAUAUAA